CAUCUACUUCAUCCCAUUUAUCCACCAUCAUGAGGCUGGCCUCGUUCCUCCUGGCCGCCGUGCCAUUGCUGUCUGCCGUGCAGGCGCUGCAUUUCUACUUCGAGUCGAACGAGAAGCGGUGUUUCCUCGAGGAGCUGCCGUCGGACACUAUUGUCGAAGGACAUUAUCGUGCACUCCUGUGGGACGAGACGACGAAGCAGUGGACCACGAACCCGCAGCUCGGGAUCACGGUCAACGUUGAGGACCUCUUCUCCGGCAACACGGUCGUCAACACGCGCGGGCCGCACGCCGGCCGCUUCACCUUUGCCUCGUCUGAUGCCGCCGACCACAACAUCUGCCUGCACUCGAACUUGACGGGCGGGUGGAUGUCCGGCACCGAGCACAUCAAGAUGUACCUCGACAUCACGGUGGGGUCGUCCAAGCUCGACGCAUCCGGGGACAAGCAACACGCAGACACGCUCGCGACCAAGCUGCAGGAGCUCAACCAGAAGGUCGCCGACAUCCAGCGCGAGCAGCGGUACAUGCGCGAAGUCGAAGCGACGUUCCGUGACGCGAGCGAGGCGACAAACACCAAGGCGGUGUGGUAUGUCAUCAUGCAGAUCUGCAUCUUGCUCGCGGCUGGCGUGUGGCAGAUGCGGCACCUCAAGGUCUACUUUGAGGACAAGAAGCUGCGUUGAGCUCUCUCGCUGGCGAUUACACGACACGCGACGACCGCCCCGAUGCGACGAAUGCCCAAGUGGGACAUGGCACAUUGGUCCAUAGCUGUAGGCCAUGCACUGCUGGAACGAUGGUUGCGCGAGAGGACGUUUGGUUACGGGGCUGGACGACGAGGUGUGUCC